AUGCCUGAAAACUACGGAGAGUUUCAGACGGAGAUCUAUGGCCGUGGAGCUAUGAUGGGCCUCAAGCCCAAUGUUACCACCGACCCUCGCCUGCUUGAAGAACAGGCGCGCAAGGCGUUAGGAGUGCGAUCAUUCAACUAUGUCGCUGGUGGAGCGGGCGAAAAAGCAACCAUGGAUGCCAAUCGGCUGGCAUUCCGUCAAUGGAAGCUAGUACCGAGGAUGAUGAAGCCGGUGGCUAACCAGGAUUUAACUGUAAAUCUCUUUGGUCAGGAGUAUCCCACCCCCAUCCUCAUGGCCCCAGUGGGGGUUCAGUGUCUCUUCCAUGAGGACAAGGAGACGGGACUUGCUGAAGUAUGUGCUGAGGUCGGUGUACCAUACAUCCUCAGUACAGCCAGUAGCAGCACUAUUGAAGAAGUUGCCAAGGCGAACGGAGAUGGGAAAAGAUGGUACCAGCUCUACUGGCCUCAGGAUGACGACGUGACGUUGUCAUUGCUAAAGCGUGCGAAAGAGAACGGAUUCUCUGUUCUUGUGGUCACACUAGACACUUGGUCCCUUGCAUGGAGACCUGCGGAUCUAGACAACGCCUAUGUACCUUUCAUUAAAGGAGUCGGCAAUCAGAUCGGCUUCAGUGAUCCAGUCUUUCGCGCGAAAUUCGAGAAGGAAUCGGGCUCCAAGGUCGAAGAGGACAUCGUCGGGGCAUCCCGGGCGUGGAUCGGGGACGUUUUCUCGGGCAAACCUCACACCUGGGGAAAAAUUGCUUUCCUGAGGAAGAAUUGGGACGGCCCAAUUGUCCUCAAAGGCAUUCAACAUGCGGAAGACGCAAAGCUUGCCCUGAAAGCUGGUUGCGAUGGUAUCAUUGUUUCCAACCAUGGAGGACGGCAAGUCGAUGGCGCUAUCGGCUCAUUGGACGUGCUCCCUGAAAUUGCGGACGCCGUAGGUGACAAGAUGACCGUUCUGUUUGAUUCCGGCAUUCGGACUGGCGCAGACAUUAUCAAAGCACUCUGUCUAGGGGCCAAGGCAGUUCUAGUAAGCCGUCCGGUAAUCUACGGGCUUGCUGUGGACGGGAAGCAAGGAGCAAAGCAAGUGAUCAGAGCCGUUCUCGCUGACCUCUGGCAAAGCAUGGGGCUGGCCGGUAUCUGCGGAAUUUCCGAGUGCAACCGGGAUAAAGUUAGGAAAAUUCAGUAUUCCGGGGACCUGAAGGCAAUGAUGUGA